AUGGAAUCUUUUGAUAAAGCUUCUCAUUCAUUAUUCACCGGCAACAUUCUUUCCAGGACACGAUUCGCUAGUAGUAACGAUGAGGAUAGUAUGGCACCACGAGGUCUUCAUAGUAUGGCCUAUCACGAAAAAGAAUGCGCCAUGUAUGCAUUUGGUGGGGAGGCGCCUGACUGGCGAAUGCAAGGCGAUUCAAGUGGACCGGCGUCGUUUAAUGACCUGUGGAGGCUUGACAUGACAUCACUUAAAUGGUCUCGCGUUGUGGUGAAGUCAUCUCCAUAUCCUCUGCCAAAGUAUCUAUGUUCCAUGGUUGUGUACAAGGAUGAGCUGCUGAUAUACGGAGGUUGUAGGCCACUACCACGUCACGGAAGCGCGAUACAUCUGAAUGAGCUUCAUUUGUUCAACACCAAGAAGAGGGCAUACAGGAUUUUAGCGACGACAAACGAUGGUCCAAAUCUAGCAGGACAUGCCUCUUGUAUACAUGGCGAUCUGUUUAUUGUCCAUGGAGGAGUGGUUUCAACUUGUGAGGUCAGCUAUCGAGUAACUGUGCUCGAUAUGCGAACGAAACGUUGGUUUCAUGCUCCACUGCCAGGCUUUCCUACAGUUCUCCAUUACCUAGCAACGUCUCACAUCCCCAGCUUCAUGGUGGGUUCCUCGUCUCUUAUUGUGCUACGUGAAGGUUGUCUUCUAGCAACGGGUGAAAAUAUGCGGGAUGACUUACCAGAAAAUACCUCGAUCCUGUUUAUAUUUGAUCCAACAGAUCCAGAGGGCGUGCCAUGGCAGUACAAAUUAAUACCGGGUAUUGGACGUUGGUGGCCGACAGUUGGUUUGUCGCCACCGCCAUCAAACAAAAACUUCGGUGGCAUUGCAGUGAUGCGUUUUGAUCGUGUUAUUCGCUUGAUAUCUCUGGGAAUGCCACAAAAAGGCAGUAAGGACUCAAGAUGUAACAUCACAUAUGACGGGGUACAAAAACGCAGUACUGGCUUCAUUAAGCAUGUUCGAUGUAUCCUUGAAACUGAAAUGUCCCGUCGUGAACAGGUGCGGCGUUACUGUCGUGAGCUCGAUCCGGGUGAAGAGGAGCGAAGCGCAAAAAUUCGCCACCAAACCCCGUACAAUGGACAUGGUUACAAUCUCAGUGACAGUAGAUCCACAAGCAAAGUCACAGAGAACGGCUCCGUUUGACGAGGUCGACGUCGCAGAGCUGAAACUCCGUUUGAGAACGAUGAUUGCGCAACUUCAUAUGAAGUACUACUCGACACGACCUGAUGUCCUAUUGAGCCCGAAUUUGCCUUCACGUAAUAGCAGUUUUCGAAGAAUGGUCGCUUUUACUGCUGAAAUCCCUGUUGGAGAAGAUUUUGAUCCAAUGCAAGAUUUGCAAAGAAUAGAGUGGAUUCCGCAGGCAGUUCAGUAUGGUGGACCACCGGAAACACGAAAGUAUUGUGUGGUGGCGGCAAGAGGCGAAGUGGUCGUCCAUGGUGGUAG